UCGCUCACAAGGUCAGUUUGGGUCCGAGGUUCGCCUAUUUUUCGUAUGAAAUGAACUUCAAAAGUUUGUGUUUUAUUAUUUAUUUACUUACUGUCAUUUAUUCAGUACAGUCGCUGGUAAUUCCUGAGAAAAUAAAACCCGAUGCUGUUAAUUUUACGGGAUUACGUGAAUUUGAUGGUGUUCCUAUCGAAGCCAGUAGUGAUGUCGUUGACGCUGUCAUUGUCAAGGCUGUUGAAAUACCCGAGGAAAAAGUAACUUAUGAAGGGUCACAAUUAUGGCGAGUUCUCGCCGACAAUGAACAGGCCGAUUUUGUGUCUUUUCUUCAAGAUACUGGAGAAGUUGUAAAGUGGACUGGAAAUGAUUCAACGGUUGAUGUCCUUGUCCGCCCGGAUAUGAUUCCACGUGUGUCGCGAUUCUUACGCGAACGUCAGGUUAAAUAUGAUGUCGUUAUACCUGACAUCCAACAAGCUAUAGAUCAAGAAAACCCGCUGCCGUCAGCUGAAGAAAUCGAAGAACUUGAAGGAAGAAAAGGUCAUCGUAUGGAGUGGUCAAGUUAUCACCGCCUGGAAGACAUUCACGGUUUUCUGGACUACCUUGCUGACACAUUUCCUGAUUUAUGUUCUGUAAUGACGAUCGGAAAUUCUGUCGAAGGCAGAGCUCUUAAGGUCUUGCGCAUAAGUAAAGGCGAUCCAAACGUACCUGCGAUUUGGAUAGACGGUGGUAUUCAUGCUCGUGAAUGGAUUUCCCCUGCAUCUGUGACAUAUAUUAUAAAUUAUUUGGUCGAAAACAGCGAUGAGCUUCAAGCUGACUAUUAUAUUUUGCCUGUUGUCAAUCCCGACGGUUACGAGUAUAGCUUCCGAGGGGACAGAUUGUGGCGUAAAAAUCGUAGCAGUCCCGAAAAAGGUGGCGUCUGUAUUGGUGUAGAUUUGAAUAGAAAUUUCGGGUACCGGUGGGGAGGUCUCGGUACCAGUAAACAACCAUGUAGAGAAAUUUUUGCUGGUACUGGGCCAUUUUCGGAGCCUGAAACAGCAGCAAUGAAAAAUUUCUUCGAAGCUAGUGCUGCUAAUUUCAAGGCAUAUUUAUCAUUCCAUAGCUACGGUCAAUAUAUUUUGUAUCCUUGGGGUUAUGACAGAAGAGUGCCACCAGAUUACGCAGAUUUAGAACGUGUGGGACAACAAUCGGCCGCAGCAAUGAAAUCUGCUGGUGGAUCUGGUAGCGUUUACACAGUAGGCAAUAGUGCAACGACACUUUAUGCAGCUGCUGGUGGUUCUGAUGACUGGGCCAAGGCGAUACUCAAGAUCAAGUAUGCAUACACGAUCGAAUUGCGUGACAAGGGUAAAAGUGGCUUCAUAUUACCAGCUCGGUACAUAAUUCCCACUGCUAAAGAAGCACUUGCUGCUGUUUUAACGAUUACUGAAGCUUGCAAAUCUGUAUAAAUUUAUAUUUACACUAAUAUUUAUGUCUAUUUAUAUAAUUAUGGUUGGGGAGUUUGUGAUAAUUUAUUAUAAAUAUUUUUUAACCGUUAUUUAAAUUAUAAGUCUAAUUAUAAUUAUUUAUUAAUAAAUUUUUAAUUAAAAAAGAAAA